UUUAAUGAACUCUAAGAUACAUCUCCUGACAGAUGGGCUUUGGUUGUUUCUAGGCCCCUAAAGAGCUGCGUUGAAUGUGGUUAGAGUGGUCCAGCUUCUAUCUUGCUAGCUAUGGAAGUCUCAUCUGAGGAAAUCCUGAACCUUGAUUCCUGUGGGAAUCAUUUCUUAGCAGUCCACUAGACUGCUCCACAUGAAGUCAGGGAGUAGUACAGCUGGGAGCAUGAUGACAUCUGUAGCCUGUAAGCUCUAUGGACAAUGAUUAUGACAGUUCCUGCAGAUGCAGGGCUAAUUUUCUUCCUCAGGAAGAACUUGGGGCUUAUGCUGAGUGUUCGUUCACCUGGCAGCUUUGUAGGCCCAAGGGGGGAGAAAUAGUUAAGGAGUGGCUUUUCUCCACCACGUUCAGUCCAGGCCUGGUACUGAUAGCAGAACAAGGGCUGUGGGCAGCCCCAUUCUGUCAUUGCUUGUGUAGGAGGUCUGUGAUUCUUAGCACUCCCCUGCGAGUUUGAGGUUAUCAAGUGCCCCUUGUUGCAGCUGCAGAAUGGCUCAUUUACCAAGCACAACAACAGGCUCCUGUUUGGGCAGGAUUCCACUGGCAGUCCAUGCCUGACCUGGAGACCUUUGAUAUUUUGGCUGGCAGUCUAGUUGACUGUGCCCUGCUUGGUAUUUCUCUGUGAAAUCCACUCUAGGUUGUCUUUUUUCUCCAAGAGGCAUUACUUUCCUCCCCAUCAUUUUUGAGUGCAGGCAUCACUACAAAUGCUCUUAACUGGAGCUAAGAGCCCUUCCUGCAGUGAGCAAGCAAACCCCCUACCCAACCCCUGCUUGCUGCACAAUGUUCCAGCUCAGGAGGUGUGUCUGAGGUCCUGCAGCCGGACAUAUCUGAAUUUCCAGCUUUAGUUUAUGCUGCCCCGGGAGGUGUUUUACAUGUGCAAUACAGCUGCGUACUGUCAGCAUCAACACGAGCAGGAUACUCAAGAGACUGAGUUCGGCUGAUAUUUCCUCAUAUUGCUGCUUUUUGCAGAAAAAGAUUUGAAGAGAUAUGGCGCUUGAGAGGAUCAUUCGAGACACACUGACACGCUUCAUCCAGUCCCACAUCCCUGCUGCAGACUUCAGUGGAAUGGAUGAUGUUUUUUUCUCCUACAUCACGGGUGUCCUGGAAGAGCUGGGCUCACCAGAGUCCUCUGAAGAGACCUUUGACAUGGACACCUUUGUGGAAAUGAUGGAGGCGUAUAUUCCUGGUUUUGCAGAAAUACAUAGUGGGGAUGUUUGUGAGAUGAUGUUCUCUCUCUCUGAAAGGCUUGGUGAAGCUCGCAACAGAGAGAAACCUGGCCAAAAGGCUGUGGAGGGCGGGAGUGAAGCAACUUCUGAAGACCUGACCCAGGGCCAGGAGCCUGCAGCAGGAGCCUGCAACGGGAAACAUCUGCGCGCUUUGACAGAGGGAGCUGGGGCCCAGGAAGACAAUGACUUGAAGGAUGGAGUGGAGCUGCUACUGGAGAUGUUCCCUGCCUGUACCAUGGGCCAGGCAGAGAAGGCACUGUCCAUGGCCUUGGGUAACUUGGAGGAGGCAGUGCAGUUAAUUGUGGAGGAGAAGGUGGAAAUUGGCACAGCAGGCAUGAGCACAAAGGAAUGGGCACGGCCCCGCAGAACACCCAAUCAUGAGGAACUAAAACAGGUUAUCUUGCAGAAAUACAUGAUGGUGGAUAGCGCAGAAGAUCAGAAAACACAUCGGCCAGCUCCACCAAAAGAGGCUCCCAAGAAGCUGAUCCGCUAUAUUGAUAACCAAGUGGUGAGUACAAAGGGAGAGAGGUACAAAGACAUAAAGAAGCCAGAGAGCGAGGAGAUGAAGAGGACUUACAUCAGCCUCAAACCAGCCAGGAAGUACAAGUUCCACUGACAGCCAGUCUCUCCUGCUCUUCAGCCUCUGCCUCACUGGCUUGGGCAUGGAAGGAUGGACACGUGGCACUAGCGACGAGAAGGGACUCUUCUACCCUCCACUAAUUGGAACUAACCUGGGAGCCAGGACACUGCUUUCAGCUUCUCCAACUAACCCAGAUGACAAGGAGGGGCCUUCUCUCUGUGCGUAGCUGUCCCACCACCCUAGGGCACAGGGCAACAGCUGUCCAGGUCAUGGGUUUUCUCCUUUACUCCUUGCAUGGGACAUUUUUAGAUCUAAGAUAUGGCUUGUGCUUUUGCAACAAGCUUCUUACAAGUCUGUAUGCACUGUUGUUUUAAAAUGAGUGCUAGUGUUUAAUAAAGAUCAUGUGAGUUGGUGUGUA